CGUGACCGGGAAAGCAGACGUCACUUGCAUGCAGGCAUUAAAUCGGUUAUAUAUAUGGAGGAGAUAUAGAAGGACAAAGUGACAACGAAAAAUGUGAUCGUUUUGUGUUGUAGGACUAACUUUAUUACUGAGGAUGAUGCGAUGCCAUAUCUGUCUACCAGAUUCUCGUAUUCUGGAGAUUGAAAUAGACCCAAAGGGUACGGGUCAGAGUUGUCUUGACAAGGUAUGUGAGCGGCUAUCAGUUCUAGAAGAUGAUUACUUGGGGCUCCGCUAUAGUGGGCCAAAGCAGGAGUUACUGUGGCUAAACCUGCGAAAUCGUGUUGACCAGCAGAUGUCAGGUCCUCAGCCCUAUCGCUUUCAGCUGAGAAUUAAAUUUUAUGUUCAACCACACACUAUCCAGCAAGAUGCAACCAGACAUUUGUUUUACCAGCAAAUUUUGCAAGACCUUCUGGGGCAGUUGGAUAUUCAAGGCAGGGAAAGAUUGAUCCCAAAGUUAGUGUCACUGAUAGCACAAGUAGAGUAUGGGGACCAGAAUUCCAACAGCUAUCAACUGACAGUUUAUGAAAACUAUUCUCCACUCCUUGAACCAGCAGGUUGCUUUUGGCUGGGUGUCUUGCAGGAACAUGGAGCACAGAGAGGGGUGCCUCGUCACUCUGCAGAGUACCGAAUGCUUCAGGAAGUGGCCAGUCUUCCCACAUUUGGAACAGAGUUUCAUGCAGUUCGCUCUGCUCAUGGAGAACAAAUUCUUUUUGGUGUUGGACCUGAGGGAAUACUUCUCAAGAACAUGUCAACAAAUGUGCAAGAAAAUUUACCAUAUCCAAGCAUCCACAUGGCCACACACAGAGACAGAGAAGUUUAUCUUCAGAAGAUAGAUGACAGUGGGGAACUGCAACCAGCUGUUGGAUAUAGACUGGUGAGCCGCAAAGCUGCUGUGGCUCUUUACAGGUGUAUCACAGAGAUGCAUUCCUUCUACCGAUGUGAUACUGUAUCAUGUGAUGUGUCCAAUCAGUUCUGCAGGGAUCUGAAAGGCACCUUAGUCUCUAUCUUCAAUGAAAACUCAGAACUUGGUAAAAGCUACAUCUUUGAUAUCAAGCGCACCAGCAGAGAGGCCUAUGAUUAUGCACGACGAAAACUGUACUCAUUGUCUCAGUCAACGCAAACGCUAAAUGCAGGCAAUGGACAUGGAUCUCUGCAGAGCAUUUACUGUGAUGGUGACAGUGUUAACCUUCGAUUCAGGGUUCAAGAGAGACUUUCGGUGCUUGAAGAUGCCUUGUUGUGCUGCAUCUGCCUGUCUCGAUUGGUUUCUGCAGUGCUUUGCCCUUGUGGACACAUGACAUGCUCAGAUUGCUCCUUGAAAAUUGAAGAGUGUCCCUUGUGUAGGACAGAGAUAGAACGUCGACAGAAAGUUUUUCUUCCUAUGUUUGGUACACAGAAGGAGAAGUUUGUUCCAGAGGAGGAACAUGAAACAGAGGCAGAUUGUGGAGAGUUUGUCUGAUAACAUGAAGUAACCUGGAACAGACGUUUUGUAUCAAAACAUGAUUCAUGUUUUCUUUUUCGUCAUAUCAUCUGGACAGUAUUUCCGGUGGUCUCAUCUGCACAUUCACACCCCAGACCAGGUUGAGGAAAAUAACUGCAUAUCAAGAGAGAAACCCAGAUAGUAUGAUUCAGAAGUUGGGUUUAUGGAUACAUCAUCAAACAGUUUUAUCUUCAAUUUUGUUCAGGAAAGUGCAGCUGCCUUUUCUUCCCAUUUGGGACUGAAGUUGGAUCUUUUAAAAAAUAUAAUUGGUGCUGCAUUGUGAUAAUGUGAAAUGAAAAAAGCAUAUACUUUUGAUACUAUGUUUGGAUUUUGUGAUAUUAUGGUAAAUUCGUAUUUUAAGGGCUCUGAAAUGUUAAAAUGAAUGCAACUUUUCUAAAAUUAUUCCAUGUCUUGAUCUUUCUGAGAACCCAACAAGGCUUAAGGAGGAGAGAUUUUUAAACCCCUUUUUUUGUUUUUACUCCUGCAAGAUCACUUGCAAGACAGGACCACUUCCUGUCUAUAAGAGCACUAUGUUAAUUUCCUUAAGAUCUCUUUCUACAGUAUGAUGUGGAAAUUCCUGUUUUAGAAAAGUGCUAGUUUUAUAAGGUGUUAACAUUUAAUACUUUGCAAGACAGCAAUUUGUCUGUGAUUUUUAAAAGUAUCUACAUGUGGGUGAAAUUGCUUAAAAAAGAGACAUUGGUAAAGUGAUAUGCAGAUUUUAAAAGAUGUCCACUGAAAAAAUUUAAUAUUCCAUCAGGAAAUUGUUACUAUUUUUUAUUACAAAAUGGAGAAUGAAUUGAUGGCAAAAGCAUUCAUUCUUUGUUAUGGAUAUGGAAAACAUUUGUACCAAGUGCUUUGUUAUGCUUGUUAAAAGUAAGGACUAAGCAAAUGUUAAUAGGAAAGAUGAAGAAGGAGAAUAAUUAAAAUGAUGUUUGGAAAAAGUUAAGAACAAUGAAUCAUCCUAACGGCUCAUGUUUAUUCACAUCUUUUAGAACUUAGGACUGUGAUUCUCCUAAUCACUUUUUCAUUUUUUUUUUAUAAACAUCAUCGUGUGGCUUUGCCUGUGUUGGUUACAAGAUCUGGUCAUUAAUUUUUAUUGUAACAGAUUAUGCAGUACCAGGCUGCCAGUUAUGCUCAUCCUUUCGCAUUGUCAAAGAAGAGGGAAAAAAGUUAUUGACUUGAGUCAAGUUCCAGUUAAGGAAAUUCAUUAACAAAUAAUAAAAAUAGUAAAUGCUUAAGCCUCAUAUUUCACAAGUGGCCUUACUUUUGAAAAAAUAUUUUAAAAUUAUGGCAUGAUUUAGGCUGAUUUGAGAGAUGUUGUGGAAUGUACAGUGUAAGUUGAAUGUGAUCAGUUUAAUUGGAAAGUAAUUUUUUUUUUUUAAAUAUAAUUGCUCCUGAUUUCACAUUGGUCCUCUCAUCAUUAGAUUGCUAGGGUGUACAAUUUGGAUGAUAGAAUUUGACAUCUGUUUUGAAUGUAUUUCUAGCUUUGUUUCAGCAUGUCAUAGACACAUUAAUUGCAAGUCCAUUUUUGAUCUUAAUGCAGAAUUUAAAUUCUAUAGACUUUUAAAUGUUAAAGUCAUUGUUUUGCCUUUUCCACAGGGAAACAUCAGCAUAUUCAUGAUCAGUGUGAGAAAUAUCACAAUACAGUUACAAAAUGGGGCAAUUUUUGUUUUCUUUUUUAAGCAGUGUUGUUUCAUGCAUUAUUUUACUCAUGAUAGAUUACUGGACGUGGGUAAAGUUUUGUUUUAUAGUCACAUAUUUAAAUUGAUAAAUUGGCUAUAUCAGAAGUCAUUCAUUAAAUAAAAGCCAAAUAUUGUACUAGAAGGAAAAUGAAACAUGCGUUAUAUAACUGCAUGACCCUUUCAUUUAAAGCAUGUUCAUAUGGUGGUAUUGAUAUCUCAUUUGUGCUUACCAAUAGACGUCUCUCUCCCUAUUAUCUUAUAGGCUUUUUUUUUUUUGUAAUACGUGGUUCAGAUACCAGAAUAUAAAUUGUAUGCAUCUUCUACACUGUAUGUGUGUGUGUUUGCGUAUGUGUGCAUGUGUAUGUAUUUAUGAAUGCAGAAUACACAUUUAAAAAAAAAAUGUUGAUACAAAGUCUACCUCCUCAUGCUGCUAUGAUGUAAACCAUUUGCUUUUUUAUGUGUUAUCCUAUAUGACAACAUAGAAAAUGUGAGAUAUAUAUAUGUAAACUAUCAUUUCUACGAACAACAUUGCUUUCAUCGGGUUCAGUGUUACAUUCCACAUAAUUCUAUCACUCUAGUUUGGUCACUGGAAAAUGCACAAUGUCGGAGAUUUAACACAAGCAUGUCAUUUUGUUUUUAAAAUUGUCUAUAAUUAUAUGUUUAUGCAAGAAAAUGUGCUUAGGUUCUCAGCCAUCCAGGUCAUUGCAUUUAUUUCAUCAAUUAAAAUGUUACUAAGAUCUGCUCAAGUCAUCCUCAGAAGUCUGUUUGACCAUGUAAUUUCUCCUUCAUUUCUCUUCGAUGUAAGCAGUUAAGAUUCUGAUCAGGCCCAUUUGAUCACAUCAGUCCACUUGCUGCAUUUCCUUCUACUGCUUAGAAUAUUUGUCUUAUUUCUCUUUCCAUCCUCAGCUUACCUACUUGAUACAUUGUGUUGGGUCUGGAAUAUUUAUCACUUUAUCAAGUUAAUACCUGCAUUUGACAAAUCAUUCCAUUCAGUUUAUUACUACCUUUAUAUAUCAGUCACAAUGGCAGAGUGGAAUUUAAAUAAAGUUUACAUUUUAA